GAUGGGGCAUGGUCAGAGGGGGAGUGGGAAUGGGUUGAGGCAGGUGGAGGACAAUGUGGAUUAUGUGGUACCGCUGAACGACACGGCAUUCGCUGCGCCCGCUUCUGCUUCUUCUUCGUCCUCUGCCCUCCCCGGUCCGCUCACGGCCCCCGCCAACGGCAACGGCAACCCCACCUCUUCCUCCACCGCGACACCCUCCCGCACCAGCCGCAAACUCAACGAACUACCGACCGACGGCGACCGCCCAGGGUUUGACUGCAAGCCGCCGUAUCCGUACCACGAGAUGAUCCGGCAUGCGAUCGAGCAGGCGCCGGAUAGGAGGUUGCAGUUGAAUCAGAUUUAUGCGAGUAUUGCGGAAAGGUUUCCGUUCUUCAAGACGUUGGAUGAGAAGAAGACGGCGGGGUGGCAAAAUAGUAUUAGGCACAACCUUUCGCUCAAGAAAAUGUUUGUGAGGGUGAACAAGAUUGAUGGGAUCCCCGAUGAUACUGCCGGUAAAGGCGGCUGGUGGACCGUCAUUCCUGGUGUACCCGAUGAAGGCAGACCGGGCCGCAAAGCCAAAGCCCGCAAAGCCAAAGAACUCGCCGCGCGCCAACUCUUGAUCGACCAGCAAGCUGCCGAAGAAGCCAAAGCUCUCGACGAGGCCCGUGCGCGCGAUCGCGGCGGCGAGCGCGACGGCCCCGAACCCUCCCCCGCCGAGCUUGCGCGGAUGGACCGUGAGAGGAUGAUGGAUAUGGAAAGGCAGAGGGAGAGGGAGCGGGAGCAUGAGCUGAGGCAGAGGGAAAAGAGGGAGAGGGAAGCGAGGGAGGCGAUGGCGUGGGUGGAACAGCAGGAUAGGGCGGAGAUGGCGGAGAAGGAGAGGAGAAGGAAGGAGGGGAAGGAGAAUGAGCCGCUUUUGGCCGGGGCUGGGGGGAGGGUGCCGAUGGGUGAAGCGCCGAGAGAGUAUGUGGCUGGGGAUAAGCGGCCGGAAGGGUGGAUGGGAGGGGUGAAUGGCUGGGCGUAGAUUGGCUUUUUUGUUUCUCUUCUUUCCAUUUUCAUUUCAUUUCAUUUUUUUUGUGUUGCUGGGGUAUAUACAAGUCGAAGAAGGGUUUCUUUCUCAAUUUCAACAUAAAAGUAACAAAGAAGGUUGAUAGUUGUUUCUCCUACUCGAGAUACACACGCACUCAAUCUUCUAGCCACUCUUUUGGUCUUUGGGUCUGCAAAAAAUAAACAAAGUGUAUGAAUAGGAAUGUCUGGUAA